GGGUUUUUGUGCCGUCGUAGGGUUUUAGGGGGAUAUGGAGCCUCUGGUGGGUGGAAGGUUUCAACUUGUUAGAAAGAUCGGUAGGGGAUCGUGUGGAGAGGUCUACCGAGGUACUAAUAUUCAGACAAACGAGGAGGUUGCUAUUAAGCUCGAAAGUGGCAAGACGAGGCAUCCACAACUGCUGUAUGAAUCGAAGUUGUAUACAGUAGUGCAUGGAGGACCUGGAAUUCCAAACGUGAGAGCGUUUGGCUCUGAAGGAGACUACAAUUUUCUUGUCAUGGAAUUACUUGGACCUAGUCUUGAGGAUUUAUUCCAAGUUUGCAAUAGGAAAUUCUCUCUUAAGACGGUUCUCAUGCUCGCAGAUAAAAUGCUAGAUCGACUAGAGUUUGUUCAUUCGAAAUCAGUCCUGCACCGCGACAUCAAGCCAGACAAUUUCGUAAUGGGAGUGGGUCGACGAGCGAAUCAGGUUUACAUCAUUGACUUAGGUCUCGCUAAGAAGUAUAGAGACCCUUCAACUCAUAGGCAUAUUCCUUAUAGAGAAAAUAAAAGUCUGAUAGGUAAUGCAAGGUAUGCAAGCGUAAACACUCAUCUUGGCAUUGAACAAAGCUGCCGGGACGAUUUGGAAUCACUGGGAUAUGUGCUUAUGUACUUUCUAAGAGGAAGUCUUCCUUGGCAGGGAUUGAAAGUGGGAUCAAAAAAGCAGAAAGAUGAGAGCAUCGUAGAAAAGAAAAUGUCAACUUCUAUUGAGUCCUUAUGCACUGGUUACCCUUCAGAGUUUUCGGUAUACUUCCUUUACUGUAGGUCGUUGCGGUUUGAUGCGAAACCCGAUUAUGCUUCUCUGAAGAGACUCUUUCGUGACCUUUUUGUUCGUGAAGGUUUUCAGUUCGACUACGAUUUUGAUUGGGCUCGCUUAAACGUCCGGUAACUUCAUCCUAGUGUUGAUAUGUAGUCUUUAUGGAUCUUGUUUCAAUCUUCAUACUUGUAUCAAU